GUCAACAUUCAAAUCCUAACCCCAAUACCCGUCCUAUUCCAACCUCUUCCGCGUUUUCCCCAUUUCUUAAAUCUAUCUUCUUCCACUUCUUCUCGUUACCUCCAUUGAUCCACAGCACACAACUUCAUCUUCCUCCUAUGGCCCUGAGAGCAUUCAAAGCCACGGCGAUGUUCCCCUUCCGCCGUCGAGCCAAACCCUCCCUCUCGUCACUCUCCAUCCCCUCCCAUUUCAUCUGCCCUAUCUCACUCGAUCUUAUGCAAGACCCCGUCACUCUUCCCUCCGGCAUCACUUAUGAUCGACGCACCAUCGAACUCUGGUUCUCCUCCGGCCACCGCACUUGCCCUGUCACCCUCCUUUCUGUCGAGCUUGACGACCAACUCCUCAUCCCCAACCACUCCAUCCGGCGCAUGAUCCAAGACUGGUGCGUUGCCAACCGCUCCCAUGGCGUCGAGCGCAUCCCUACGCCAAAGACCCCCAUCACGUCCCUCCAGGUCUCCGACACGCUUGCGGAGAUUUCCGCUGCUUGCCGGAGCGGCGACCGCCUCCUCUGCGCCGAACUGAUCGCAUUGCUGAAGAAAAGCGCUGAAGAAAGCGAAAGAAACCUGCGCUGCAUUUUAUCGAACGGCGCCACGCCAGUACUAGCGGCCGCCUUCCUCCGCUUUAAAACAGAGAAUUUCCUCUCAGCUUUCGCCGGAAUAUCAAAUCCAGAUGAUAAAGAAACCAUCUUGCAGCUCACUUCCGACGAAUCUUUAAAAUCCAUUAUCCUCAUCUUAAGCCAAGGAUCCCUUUCGGGGAAGCACAACGCUAUUCUGGUGCUGAAGGAGCUGCUCGUAGCUGUUCAUGAAACAGAGCAAGCAAUCACAGUUGCUAGAACUGAACAAUUGGUUGAAAAAGUCGUGAUGCUGAUAAAGAAUCCGAUAUCUUUAGAAUCCACCAAAGCAUCUCUCGUUGCAGCCUAUUACUUAUCCUUCACCCAGGCGACGAAGCUCGCUGAAACAGGGCUCGUUCCUAUUCUGCUGGAGAUCCUUGUUGAUGCCGAGAAGAGCUUGUCGGAAAAAGCAUUGGCGGCGCUUGAUGGAGUUCUGGAGGAAGCGAAGGGGAGGGAGAGUGCGGCGGAGCACGCCCUUGCGAUGCCGGUGCUUGUGAAGAAGGUAUUUAGAGUGUCCGAUUUGGCGACGGAGUUUGCGGUGUCAGGAAUGUGGAAGAUGUGUAGGAAGUGGGGAGAAGGGGAGGAAGGAAGGCCGGAGAAGUGUGCGGUUGAGGCGUUGAAGUUCGGAGCUUUUCAGAAGCUAUUGCUGCUUUUGCAGGUUGGUUGCAGCGAUAGAGUGAAGGACAAGGCGAGUGAGUUGUUGAGGAUUUUGAAUGGAUUGGAAGGGAAGGAAGAGUGUGUUGAGACUUUAGAUUUCAGAGGGGUUAAACGGGCCCUCUGAUUCAAAAAAAAAAAAUUGUAAAUUUAAAAGGAACUCAAGAAUUUUUAGCUUCCCGUUCAUAUUAUUAUCAUAUAUACCCAAAUUUGAGGAUUCUUGAACAUAUUCUGAUACAAAUUAUAUCAGAAAAUCCUGAAAUAAUAUUUUUUCCUCUGAAAAAAAAAACAGUUUUGGUUCA